AUGGAGAGCGGGGAUGCCCUGUGCCGGGCGGGCCAUACGUCCACGGUCGUCGGGACGAGCCUGUUCAUCAUGUUCGGAUUCCGGAAGCCGCAGGAUGGGAAGGAGAAGAAGUACCUCAGCGAUGUCCUUCGGUUCACCCCUGAAAACAACAGCUGGAUGAAGGUUGGGGAGCUGGGCGCUGGACGAGGGCACCACACAGCCACGUUGGUGGGCAGCAGGAUUUGGGUCAUUGGCGGCCAGGACACAAAGUACAUAUUUGACGGUGUGCUGUGUUUCGAUGUGGAGACCCUGCGUUGGGUGAACCCGGAGACAGAGAGGAAUGGUGGCUUUCUCAUCAGGUGGCCCCGCACCAGGGAUGGCCACUCACUGGCGAGGCGCACGUGCCACACUGCCACUCUGCACCCCCACAACCCCAAGGCCAUCAUCGUGGCUGGCGGAAUAAGCCUGAUCGAGGCUGGUACCUUUGCUUACCGCAGUGAUGUGUUCAUGCUGGACACCAUUACGGGCCAAGUCCAGCUCCUUGCCAGGCUCGAUGCUGGGCUGGCUUUUCACAGUGCAGUCACCUUCAGGUCCAGUGUUCUCCUUGUUGCAGGAGACCGCGGUGGGAAGAACAAUAAGAACGGACAAGUGUUGGAGAUGAUCACACCCAUUGGCAGCCAGUGGCGGGCAUCAAACCCCGUUCUGCUUUCCGGGCACGACAUGUUGAAGUUGUCCAGCCAGGCAGUAGCUGAAUACAAGGGCAUGCUCUUCUGCCUUGGGGGGUUGAGGGGAAGGAAACAGCGCACGAACGAUUUGUUGUGCCUCAGGAUUUCCCCUGGAGGCGGUUGGGAAUGCUUGAAGGUUGCAGAUGUCUUCGAUGACCGCAUGGAAGGACGUGCUGCCCACACUGUGUCUGUCAUCAACAGCACCAUGUACAUCUUUGGCGGCUGCACGGGAUCCCGCCUGUACUCUGGCAGGAUGUGGACCCUGGACCUUGCUGCCGUGGUGCGGCAGAUCAACUUGACACCUUUCGAGAGCGACUUCGAUUUCAUGCCCUCCAGCUCCCAGCCCAAUUUGCAGGCACAGUCCAUGAAUCUAUACUCUUCUGCACCAGCGGAAUGGCGGGUCGAGAGCAGGGAGGUGAGGAGUGGGGAGGUGAGGGGGGGUACCGCGCCAAAGAUGACUGUGGGCCAAUACGAGGACACAACCCACAAGAAGAGGAGGACGACCAUCGGGGCAAAACGGGCUGCAUCACCUGAGGUUCCUAGGACAGUGCCCCGUGCAGCCUUUGUGCGAUCGGUUUCUGACGUGGGCUUUUUACAUGGUGGACCCAACCUGCAAGCAACAAGCAUGCAGAGCACAAAGAGUGUAAUGGUGGACGCAGUGACGGGUGACCUCCCCUGGCCUGCGGAGCAAUCAGUGGAGCUUUUUGACGGUGACACUGUGGGAAUCCCUCUGGACCAAGCCGCCACAAGGUCCAUCCAUCUACAAUCAACGGACAAGGAACACACGGUGCCGGGGGUCAGCGAAGGCGGGUUCAUCAGCGAGCAGCAUGCAGAGGCCAGCGAAAAGCUGCAAAGACAACUGGAGGCGCUCAGGGAAGCGGAAAGGGUUCAACAGAGUCUUGAGAGGCUUUCCCUUGAGAAGGAACACCUGGGGACGAAGCUUGAGAGGCUUUCCCUUGAGAAGGAGAGUCUAGGGACGAAGCUCAACAGUGCCGAGCUUGCCAGUAACGAGCGGGCAAAGGAGAUUGAAAGGCUGAAGGAAGAGCUGGAGUCGCUGAAGGCAGAAAACAAGGCGCAUGUGGAGGCCAUCGAAGAGCACAAGGUGACGAUCGAGGACCAGGCAAACCGCAUUGAGGCACUGGUAGCUAGGCAGGACGACAAGGAAGAGGGGAUGAAUGAGUUGCGAGCAACCUCGUCCUCCACUAUCCGAGAGCUGCAGCAGAGGAUCGCUGACCUUGAGGAAGAGAUCGUGGAGACGCAAGAGAAUGCGAAGCGCACAAUACGGGACUACGAGACUGCCUCCGCCGAGAUAAUUGAGGAUUUAGAGUCCCAAUUGGGGCAGAAAGAGAUCAAGGUCGCACAGCAGCAGACCAAAAUGCAGCAGCUGGGGACGCAGGCGACUGAGCUUCGGACUCAGAUGGCCCACAAGGAAACGACCAUCGCGAAGCACGAGGGCACGAUCGCAGAGCUGGGUGGGAAGUUGGCCCAGGCAGAGGCCAAGGUUGCAGAGCUGGAGGGCACUGUCAAGCGACAAGAGGCGGAGGUCGCACAGUUUCAGGAGGAGAAGGCCAAGUGGAAGGAGGAACUGAGCGAUAACCAAGCGCUUUCGGAUAGAUAUGCAAACGAGAAGGAAAAUUGGAGCCAGCAACUCAGGGAUGCCAGGAACGAGCUGGACGCUGUCAAGCGUGAGCGAGGCGCCUGUGAGGAGCGGCUGGACGAGCUGAGGGAGAAGUAUGAGAGCGCCGAGAAAGCCCACGCUGAGGCUGUGGAAGAUUUCGAGCACCUCUGCUGCGCGUUGAGGAACGACCUGAACGGUCAGCUGGCCAAGCAACAGGCCUCCUUGGAGCAGGACAUCGCGGCCCUCAGGGACCAGCUGCAGAAGAAGGACAUGGCGAUCCAGCAGAUGCGAGAAGACAGCGCCAUCAAGAGCGCCGAGUUUGAGGACUUGCGCACAUCGCUGAACGAGCAGAUGAACGCCGAGCUGGCCAAAAUCCGGGCCACCAAGGACGAGGACAUAGUCGUGCUGAGGAAGAGCCUGGAGGAGAGGGAACGCGAGAUGCAGAGUUUGCAGUCGGAGUGCGAGACCAAAGUCUCGGAGAAGUGUCUCGAGCUGGCUGAGCUGCAGAAGAAGGCGGCCCAGGAAAGGGAGGCGCUGCAGCAGGAGUGCCAGUCUGCCCAAGCCCGUGCGACUAGCGAGUGCGACGAGAGGGCUGCGGAGCGGGAGGCCACUGCUGCGCAAAUUGCCAAGCUGCAUGAGGCUAUUAAAGAAAGGGACGCCCAGCUGCUGGAGCGAGAGCAGGAGCAGGUAGCGAUGCUGGGCACGUUGGGACAGAGCAUGGCCAACCAGCGCGCCCAUGUGCGCAACCUGGCCAAGCAAUACAUGAGCGAUCUUCUGGAGGCGGAGGGGAAGCACGCCCAGGAGAUCGGUGGGCUCAUCAUGCGCAUCAAUAAGUGA